UCUUUAUAUAUUCACAAAUCUUUCUUACAUUGGGGAGUUAAAAGUUAUCAGUUUUAAAACUUUGUUACAGUUACAUUAUGGUAUGAUCCACUGUGUUGAAAUUUGAUAGGAGAAUAAGAGUCUAGCAAGAUAAUACUGUCGGAGCGAGAUCAAUGGGACUUUAUCUUUAAACAGAUACUUACCAAAAGUGAUUUUCAUUCAUUCAAAAUAUUUUAAAAUUGUUAUUUCUGGUCCUGAGAGGAUAAGAAGACAAUAGUGUUUUUGUUACAAUAAACGGACUCUAUGAGCGAACAUAUAUCACUAGAAGAAUUCGUAGCCAGUGUUCAUAAUCAAGAUUCCAAGAUGACCAUGCAUCAUUUAGAAACCGUACCAACAGGCUCCACAGAAUCCUCAUUAACUGUACCUCACAGCACACAUAAUACACAUGCUACAAUGCUUGAGUCUCCGAGCUCUACAGAAAGUUCCUUGGAUAAAGGCCAUUCUGAAUCUCUUGAUAGUUCCAAGUUGAAAUGCGAAGAUAGCGGAUCGGAAGAUGACAAAAAGAAAAAAAGACAGCGUCGACAGAGAACCCAUUUUACUAGUCAGCAAUUACAAGAACUGGAAGCAACCUUCGCCAGGAAUCGUUAUCCAGACAUGGCUACAAGGGAGGAAAUAUCUGCCUGGACCAACUUAACGGAAGCACGAGUCCGAGUCUGGUUCAAGAACAGAAGAGCAAAAUGGAGAAAAAGGGAAAGGAACAUUGAUACUUUCAAAACUGGAUUCGGAUCGCAAUUCACAGGACUUAUGCAGACACCGUUUGACGAUUCUAUCUACAACGGAUACACGAAUCCAAAUUACUGGGCUACAAAAGUUCCCAGCCCAUUGGGCGCAAAAACAUUUCCAUGGGGUCUGAAUUCUGUUAAUCCUCAUUUGUCUUCCGUAGUUUCUACACAACCGAUGUGUUUCUCUUCGCCAUCCAGCAUGUCAAACAGUAUCAGCAAUGCUAUGGUGCAAAAUGUUCAGAAUGUACCAACGAAUAUGGGUGCCACAGGAACACCGUGCCCAUAUGGACCACCCGGUGCCCAGUAUUUAUACACAGCAAAUAGAGACCAGUGUUCAAGUAGUAUCGCUUCUCUUAGACUACGAGCUAAACAACAUUCGACAUUUGGUUAUCCCCCUAGACAGCCAUCAUUGUCUGCAUGUCAAUAUGCAACUGUUGGUAAUGGAAGUGUCGUUUGAUAGAUAUAACAUUGAGAUAUAUAUAUAAUUGACAUGAACUGGAUCUUCGGUUUACACAUCAAGACUAUCAGUAGAUGGACAAAGAACUGAUUCCUUGCGUAUCUUGCCACGAUUAACUAAGACACUGCCAGUAAUAGAUGUAAGAAUGGUUUUGUCAGAAUAAUAGUACAUGAAAAUGACUGUAUCUUGAGAAAUGUGUAUACGAUGUAUGAACAAAAUGUAUAUAUAUGUUGACAACACGUGUAAACAGCAGUUGUUAGAACUACAUGUAUACACAUAUUUAUUGUUUUGUUAAUAUGAUAUAGAGUAAGAUGUCUAGUCUAGUCCAAGAGCAAUAUGUUUGCAACAUUUCAUCUAUCAUAGUGCUUUUGCUGCCCUCUCGCAGUAACUACAAUAUAAACUUGAGAAUUUUGAUAAUUCUCUGAAAUAUGUUGUUUACAAUAAAAUAUCAGAAAUAAAUUUUAUUGAAAUUCAA